AUGAGCCUCACAAACGCCGAAUCUCCUAGCCAAGCCAUGGACCGAUUCGCAAUCGUGAGACCGCGUGCUCGGCUACAAAAGCUAACCGGACGUAUCCGGAAGCUUAAGGAAAGGUACGUUGAGGGAACACCGGAGGCUAACUUACAGCUCUUGGUGUUAGAAAAACUUGAGAUAGCGAAAGGAGAAUUCGCAGAAGAAAUUGAUCGGCUUGAAGCGGUGUUCAGACAGCGAGAAAAACCGCACUCUCCAUCUCUUGAGACCGAUGACGAUCAGAAUCAUGGCGCAACACCUCCUCUAGCGGAUCCGGCCAUAAAUGAAACCGACGAAAGGAUAGAAGCUCCUUUCACCGAGCAACCUGGAGUUUCCGAACCGGGCAUUACAGAAGAAAGGGUUAAGUCCAUUAUUCAAGAGUUUGCAGACUCAACGGUUCACCCAUUAGAGGAGAAAAUCAAGAAAACCGUGUGCCUGGCACUCCGGUUCGCCGACAAGAAGAGGGAUGAUCUCGUAAAGGCAGAUGAUUGGAUCUCAAAAAUCGAAGCCGACUACCGGGACGACACUAUUAUGCGCAACGAACAUUUUCAACAAAUCAAGGCCUUGGAAGAUAAGACCUCCGGAAUAGCAGAUGACUUGGAUCGGCUUGAAAGGGAAAUCGAUCAAGGAUUCACAGAAGUAGAUGAGGACCUAGGAUGGAGGGUCACCGAUCUGGAAAACAAGAAUGCGAGCCUUGAAGACCGCAACGACAAGCUCGAAGCCAACCUCAAGGUGCUCACCGCACAAGUAGAUGAAUUGAUAAAGGCCAAGUUGAAUGCGGAUAUAGCGGUUGAGGAGGCAAACGACCGAGCGGCUAAGGAAGUACAAGAUGCGCUAGAUGAAAAAACGCGGAGAGAAAAGGAGCCACCGCGACUAUCUGAAGAGGAAAUAGCCGAGCGCGAACGACUCACAGUGGCUAAGUAUCCGGGACUGGAAAAGUCCAUAGUCGCUCAAGCUGCGGAGGAUGCAGAGCGGUUGAAUACUGAAAGACAAAGACUUGAUGAAUUUGCAACCGCUCAUAAGAAGAAAAAGGCAGCUUCCUCCUCUUCGGCUCCGGUGAAACGAAAGAGGAAAGUUUCGGCAAGAAAAAUGUUGGAGAGGAUCACCAAAACAAAUGUCGAUACUCCGCCAAGUCCACCGCAAUCCGAGGAUGAAGAUGAAGAGCAUCUGGCAGAGCGCUCUACAAGACAGCGAGUCUCCGCUACGGCCAGUCAACCGCAAGCUGGAGGUUCAUCUUCAAGACCGGAUCAACCAGUUAAGAGAAAACGGACCAAGGAUAUGAUGGACGGCUUCAAUUUCUCUGACUCAAAAUAG